AUGCCUCAGCCUAGUACAUAAAACAUUAACUUGUCAGUGUCGAGGAUGUUCCGUGCAGUCCAUACCGUUCCAAUUCUAGAAAUGUAAACAUUUAUUAAACGUUUAGUUUACCUUGCGGUUGUGCAAAAGUUAAUUUAAAACUGAGAUAAACAAAUACUGUAACGGGAUGAGAGCAUUUUGAGUUUUUGUAACGGAGAGGAUACCUAACAGCUUUUACGUUACGCAGUGUGCCCGUGUGAUUUUAAAUGAUUUUAUCACAUCAUGAACAGAAAUAAAGAUAUGUCAAACCCAUAUAAUCAAAUUACGAAACAGACAAUUUUAAAUUAAACGGUGACUUAGUGCCCAAACGAUGAUGUUUAUUAACGCGUGGGUUACACCAAAUCGACGGUUGUUCGACGGAGUUGGAGAAACUUCGUCUGUCUUAGAAUCCCGAUUUGUGGCGGAAGUGGACAUUCCUGAUCUUGUUCUCAGAUUGGACGCAAACGAGGCAAAACUGACCACUUUGACGAAGGAUUUCAAUGAUUUGAAAGCAAAAUACAAUCACCCGCCAGUGGCAUUCAAGGCACACCUGACUUCAAGCAGCAAUCCCGGUCUCAAUCAGCGUAUUAUCUUUGACGAUGUACAACUGAACCUUGGUAAUGCCUACUUUCAACAUUUUGGUGGAUUUCUUGCACCGUUGAACGGCACAUACCUGUUUUCCGUCUCCGUGUGCUCACAUGGUGGCCAUUUCAUUCUUCUUGACUUGAUGAAGAAUACCAACAGGAUUGGUGGAAUACUUGCGGGGGACAGUCUAUAUGACGAUUGCUCCUCGGAGACUACCGUCACUCAACUGAACGCUGGGGACCAAGUGUACGUUCAACAUCAUGAGUCAAGUGGCGAUCUGAUCUUUGCACAUCAAAAUAUUAUUAAUAGUUUUACUGGCGUUCUGUUGCAGAUAUCAUAAAAUAUGUCUGAUUGUAUGGGAUUAAGUGUGUUAAGUAGUGCCUAGACGAUCUUCAAUAAAACACACACAUGUAUUUUGUUAAAAGUAUUAUUUGCCUAUUUAUAAAUUAAUGCCGUUUUCAAUAAAUCGAUCCAGUUGAAUUAA